UAAGCAUACUCCUUUUUUUAUUUAAUGAGUUGAUAUUAAUUAAAUAUCUUUUUUUUUAGAUUUUUGCAAAGGUUUCAUUUACGCCUAAUCCAUAUCGAGUAGACCCUGUCGUUGUGAGAAUUCUUAAUUCAUGAGUUGUAGGGAGGGACUUAUGUCACCACAAACAGAAACUAAAGCAAGUGUUGGAUUUAAAGCUGGUGUUAAGGAUUAUAAAUUGACUUACUACACCCCGGAGUACGAAACCAAGGAUACUGAUAUCUUGGCAGCAUUCCGAGUAACUCCUCAGCUCGGGGUUCCGCCUGAAGAAGCAGGAGCUGCAGUAGCUGCGGAAUCUUCUACUGGUACAUGGACAACUGUUUGGACUGAUGGACUUACCAGUCUUGAUCGUUACAAAGGACGAUGCUAUCACAUCGAGCCCGUUCCUGGGGACCCAGAUCAAUAUAUCUGUUAUGUAGCUUAUCCAUUAGACCUAUUUGAAGAGGGUUCUGUUACUAACAUGUUUACUUCCAUUGUGGGUAACGUAUUUGGUUUCAAAGCCUUACGCGCUCUACGUUUGGAGGAUCUACGAAUUCCCCCUGCUUAUUCAAAAACUUUCCAAGGUCCGCCUCACGGUAUCCAAGUUGAAAGGGAUAAGUUGAACAAGUACGGUCGUCCUUUAUUGGGAUGUACUAUUAAACCAAAAUUGGGAUUAUCCGCAAAAAAUUACGGUAGAGCGUGUUAUGAGUGUCUACGCGGUGGACUUGAUUUUACCAAAGAUGAUGAAAACGUAAACUCACAACCAUUUAUGCGCUGGAGAGACCGUUUUGUCUUUUGUGCCGAAGCAAUUUAUAAAGCACAAGCCGAAACUGGUGAAAUCAAGGGGCAUUACUUGAAUGCGACUGCAGGUACAUGCGAAGAAAUGAUUAAGAGAGCUGUAUUUGCAAGGGAAUUAGGGGUUCCUAUUGUAAUGCAUGACUACUUAACAGGAGGAUUCACCGCAAAUACUACUUUGUCUCAUUAUUGCCGCGACAACGGCCUACUUCUUCACAUUCACCGAGCAAUGCAUGCAGUUAUUGAUAGACAGAAAAAUCAUGGUAUGCAUUUCCGUGUAUUAGCUAAAGCAUUGCGUAUGUCGGGGGGAGAUCAUAUCCACUCCGGUACAGUAGUAGGUAAGUUAGAAGGGGAACGCGAAAUAACUUUAGGUUUUGUUGAUUUAUUGCGCGAUGAUUUUAUUGAAAAAGAUCGUUCUCGCGGUAUCUUUUUCACUCAGGACUGGGUAUCCAUGCCAGGUGUUAUACCGGUGGCUUCUGGGGGUAUUCAUGUUUGGCAUAUGCCAGCUCUGACCGAAAUCUUUGGAGAUGAUUCCGUAUUACAAUUUGGUGGAGGAACUUUAGGACAUCCUUGGGGAAAUGCACCUGGUGCAGCAGCUAAUCGUGUGGCUUUAGAAGCCUGUGUACAAGCUCGUAACGAAGGGCGCGAUCUUGCUCGUGAAGGUAAUGAAAUUAUCAAAGCAGCUUGCAAAUGGAGUGCUGAACUAGCCGCAGCUUGUGAAAUAUGGAAGGAGAUCAAAUUUGAUGGUUUCAAAGCGAUGGAUACCAUAUAAAAUAAAAAAAAAAGCAAAAUAGAAAGAGAAAAAAUAAGUUAAGAAAUGCAGUAAUUCUUCUUUAUUCCUCUAAUUGAUUGCAAUUCAAUUCGGCUCAAUCUUUUCUAAAAAAAAAAAAGACUGAGCCGAAUUGAAAUAGAUCUUGAUACGAUCAUGAGACUUGACAAAUCGAGAUUCUUCUAUUCUAUAUAUCUAGAAUAUAGAAAGGUAUAAUACAAUAAACAAAUAUAAAUCAAAAUAUAGUAUUAUCGUACGAUAAUGGAAUCAAAUACGCAGUAUUUACAGAAAAGAGUCUUCGUUUAUUGGGAAAGAAUCAAUAUACUUUUAAUGUCGAAUCGGGAUUCACUAAGACAGAAAUAAAGCAUUGGGUCGAACUCUUCUUUGGUGUUAAGGUAGUAGCUGUGAAUAGCCAUCGACUACCCGGAAAGGGUAGAAGAAUGGGACCUAUUCUGGGACAUACAAUGCAUUACAGACGUAUGAUCAUUACCCUUCAACUGGGUAUUCUAUUCCACUUCUACUUUUUAAAUUAAAGGGUAUUCUGAAAGAGGUAUUUCUUUUAUUUUCACAAUAGCUUUCUUUUGAAUCCAAUUUCAAGUUCGAUUAGAAGGAUAGAAAGGCGAUGAGAAUGGGAAAAGAAAAAUAAAAUAUUUUAUUUUAAUGAGUUCCCCUUUUGAGUUCCCCUUUUUUGCAAUUUUCUUAUUAUCAAUUCCAUUCAUUUAUUUUAUAGAAUACUUUUUUAUUCUAUAUCUAUAAAAAAUCUUUAUUUUGUAAACUAAAAAAUACAAUAGUCAAUAUUCCUUAUAAUAGAUAUACUUAAUUAUAUCAUAAGAAUCUUAAGAUAUAUUUCGAAUAGAUAGAAAUAGUAAAUUUGAAUUGAGACACAUAUUCUAUGACAGAUUUUAACUUACCCUCUAUUUUCGUACCUUUAGUAGGCUUAGUAUUUCCGGCAAUUGCAAUGACUUCCUUAUUUCUUUAUGUGCAGAAAAAUAAGAUUGUCUAGAAACGACGGGGCCAAAUUUUCUCAAUGUAUUUCCAGGAUCAUAAUACAGAUAUUUUUUUGUGUAAGUACUAUAAUAUGAUAGGGUAUGUAGCUCUUUCUACACACAAAUGAAAAACGUCUAUGGAUGCAGAUAUAAGCUACGAGCAUAAAUGCAUGCAUAUGCGUAGCCGACUAUAGCGAGUUUUUUUUUUUAAGUGGAUCCACUAAUUUUUUUUGAAUAGAAAGUCAAUGUAUCUAACCAAUUAUUUCACAGGAGUACUAGCUACUGAAGGCUAUUUCAGAAUCAAAAAAAGUAAAGUAAAAAUCAUUUAGCUUAUUCUCUCAAUUUCAAUUGACCGCUACUGGAUUUAGUAUAUCUAAUAUGAAUUGGCGAUCAGAACACAUAUGGAUAGAACUUCUAAAAGGUUCUCGAAAAAGAGGGGGUCGUGAUGUCUUUCUACGGAAUCGCGGGCCUAUUCAUUAGCUCCUAUUUGUGGUGCACUAUUUUAUGGAAUGUAGGCAGUGGUUAUGACCGAUUCGAUAGAAAAGAGGGAAUAGUGUGCAUUUUUCGUUGGGGAUUCCCUGGAAUAAAACGUCGCAUCUUCCUUCAAUUCCUUGUGCGGGAUAUCCAAUCAAUUAGAAUUCAGGUUAAAGAGGGUCUUUAUCCUCGUCGUAUCCUUUAUAUGGAAAUCCGGGGCCAGGGGGUCAUUCCCUUGACUCGUACUGAUGAGAAGUUUUUUACUCCACGAGAAAUUGAACAAAAAGCUGCCGAAUUGGCCUAUUUCUUGCGUGUACCAAUUGAAGUAUUUUGAGUACCAAUUGCAAUUUUUUGCAAUUGUAAGGGGAUUUUCGAGUAUUUAUCUAAAGUAAAGGAAGGAACAAACGAGGAUAAGAGAAAAUUGCUUCGAAUUUGUUUUGUCCAAGUGAGAUAUAUGGCAUACUAUUCUUCCAUUUUUAUACGAAAGGCCUUUUUUUAUUUCUCUAUUCCACUCCAUUUAGAUCUAAGAAAGAACCCAAUACAAUGAAAUUCCACUAGUAUACAAAAAGAGAAAUAGAUACAAACACAAGGUCUCAAACCUUGUUAUAGAAUUUUUGCUUCAAAGAAAAGAAAUAUCAUAUAUAUUCAGCUUACAGAUCAAAAAUGAAAAAAAAGAAAGCAUUGCCUUCUUUCUUAUAUCUUGUAUUUAUCGUACUUUUGCCCUGGGGAGUCUCUUUCUCUUUAACAAAUGUCUGGAACUUUGGAUUAAGAAUUGGUGGAAUACCAGGCAAUCCGAAACUUUCUUAACUGAUAUUCAAGAGAAAAGGAUUCUAGAAGGAUUCAUAGAAUUAGAGGAACUUUUCUCUUGGACGAAAUGAUAAAAGAGAAACCGAAGACACAUGUACAAAAACUUCCUAUAGGAAUACACAAGGAAAUAAUACAAUUGGCCAAAAUAGAUAAUGAGGAUCAUCUCCAUAUCAUUUGCAUUUCUCAACAAAUAUAAUCUGUUUGGCUAUUCUAAGUGGUUCUUUUUUUCUGGGUAAAGAAGAACUUGUCAUUUUGAAUUCUUGGGUUCAGGAAUUUUUCUAUAACUUAAAUGAUUCAAUAAAAGCUUUUUUUAUUCUUUUAGUUACUGAUUUUUUUGUUGGAUUUCACUCUACCCGCGGUUGGGAACUACUAAUUCGUUGGGUCUACAACAAUCUUGGAUGGGCUCCUAACGAGCUAAUUUUCACUAUUUUUGUUUGUAGUUUUCCUGUGAUUCUAGACACGUGUUUGAAAUUUUGGGUCUUUUUUUGUUUAAACCGUCUAUCUCCUUCACUUGUAGUCAUUUAUCAUUCAAUUAGUGAAGCAUAAACUCACUCAUUUCAUUUCCUAAUAUUAAUCAAAUUAGCAUAUUUCUUUUCUUCCUUUAGAAAUAGAAGAAAGCCCUUUUCCUUUUUAACAAAAUUCUUUCUAUUUCUACCUGCCUCAAGGUAUUCAUCAUUCUAGUACAACUAUUGCAGUAGAAUGACAACAGACUCGUGUAUAGGGAACUAGAUUAGCUUAGCUACCUAUCUAAUUUAUUGUAGAAAUUCCGGGAUCCGCGAUUGGACAUGGAAAAUAGAAAAACUUUUUCUUGGUUAAAGGAACAGAUGAUUCGAUCGAUUUCUGUAUCGAUCAUGAUAUACGUAAUAACUCGCACAUCUAUUUCAAACGCAUAUCCCAUUUUGCGCAGCAGGGUUAUGAAAACCCGCGGGGAAGCAACUGGACGAAUUGUAUGUGCCAAUUGCCAUUUAGCUAAUAAGCCUGUGGAUAUUGAAGUUCCCCAAGCAGUGCUUCCUGAUACUGUAUUUGAAGCAGUUCUUCGAAUUCCUUAUGAUAUGCAGCUGAAACAAGUUCUUGCUAAUGGUAAAAAGGGAGGGUUGAAUGUGGGUGCUGUUCUUAUUUUGCCCGAGGGAUUCGAAUUAGCGCCGCCCGACCGUAUUUCUCCUGAGUUGAAAGAAAAGAUAGGAAAUCUCUCUUUUCAGAGUUAUCGUCCCA